AUGGAGGAUGUGAAGUCCCGCGGGCCCUUCAUCUACUCAGUCCUGGAGUCGGCUCAGGUGUUUCUGGCCCAGCACCCAUUCCAGGAGCCCGAGGAGAGCCUGAGCGAUGGAAAAGAAGUGUCGCCAAAGCGGCGCAUUCUCAAUGUGAGCCGGACUGUUUGGAAGCAGGCCAACGUGGCCAGUGACCUGUGGGAGAAGCUGACGGCGCGCUGCGUAGACCGGCACAGACACAUGGAGCUCACAUUGGAAAGGUUACUACAGAUCCAGGCUGCGAUGGAGGAGCUGGCGAUGGCCCUGGACCAGGCGGAGGGGGUCCGUGACGCCUGGGAGCCUGUGGGAGACCUGUUCAUUGACUCACUGCAGGAUCAUAUAGAUGCCACCAAGCUGUUUAAGGAAGAGCUGACGCAGGUGAAGGAGGGUAUGAAGCACGUCAAUGACCUGGCACACCAGCUGGCCAUCUCUGACGUCCACUUGUCCAUGGACAACGCCCGUGCCCUGGAGCAUCUCAACAGCAGGUGGAAAGUGCUUCAGCCCAACAUCACCUGUGGCCACUCCCAGUCCGAGCUGCAACAGGUGAAAGGCAAUGGCUCUGCGGGAGGACACAACCACUCCAUAAUCAGUAGAAAAUAG